AGAGCGCGGAGUGUCAGUGCUUGUGUGUGUUGAAAAGCCCGCAGCUUUGCACCGAGCCCCGUAGCUUCUUUCUUACCUCUUUAAGCAGACACCAUGCGAGGGGUUCCCGCUGCUGCUCACCUGUACCGCCAUCUGUGCUGGAUACUCGGCGCGGCGCUCACUGUCCUGCUCUCAAUCACAGGAGUGCCGGUGCGCAGCGGGGAUGCCGGCUUCCCUAAAGCCAUGGACAACGUGACGGUUCGACAAGGGGACAGCGCCAUCCUCAGGUGCACAGUAGACAACAGAGUGACACGAGUGGCCUGGCUUAAUCGUAGUACCAUCUUGUACACUGGCAAUGAGAAGUGGUCGAUUGACCCCCGUGUGGUGCUUCUGGCCAACACAAAGAGUCAGUACAGCAUUGAGAUCCAAAAUGUGGACAUAUAUGAUGAGGGACCUUACACCUGCUCUGUUCAGACAGACAAUCACCCCAAAACCUCUCGUGUACAUCUCAUUGUGCAAGUUGCACCACAAAUCCAAAAUAUCUCCUCUGAUGUUACUGUUAAUGAAGGAAGCACUGUUGCACUUCGAUGUCUAGCCACAGGCCGACCUGAACCAGCAGUGACGUGGAGACAUUUCACUGGGAAAUCACACCGGUUUGUAAGUGAUGAUGAAUACUUGGAAAUCACAGGAAUCACCAGAGAUCAGUCUGGACAGUAUGAAUGCAGUGCAGCCAAUGAAGUCUCAGCUCCUGACAUCAGAAGAGUUAAAGUCACGGUAAACUAUCCACCAUAUAUUUCCGAUACCAGAAAUACAGGAGCCUCACUGGGACAAAAAGGCAUUCUGCGAUGUUCGGCUUCAGCUGUCCCACUAGCAGAGUUUCAGUGGUAUAAAGAAGAUACCAGGUUAGCCAAUGGACUAGACGGUGUUAGGAUUGAAAACAAAGACCAUGUGUCCAUUCUAACAUUUUUCAAUGUCUCCGAAAAGGAUUAUGGAAAUUAUACUUGCGUUGCAUCAAAUAAGCUUGGAAACAGCAAUGCCAGUGUCAUAUUAUAUGCAGGACCUGGAGCCAUUCAUAAUAGAAGCAGCUCAGCUUCUGCAGCAAUAGCUGCCACCUGUCUUUGGUGUUCUAUCCUGUAUUCCCUCACAAAGUUUUGAACAUGGAGGUGGGGGUUCUCAGUGAUGCCUGGGAGUUGUUGGUGGAUUCUCCCUCUACUCUUCAACCACAGAAAUGACUUUACAAAUAAUGGGGGGAAGCCUCAGCCCUACACUCUGAUACUCCCCCGGGUCUUUGGUAGUUUGCUGGAUUUCAAUGCAUAUUUGGUUUCUAUUCACACAUCUUUGACUUCUUUGUUCUUUACCCCAUGUUUCCCAACUUUUGACGACAGACCCGGGGGAGCAACUGGGUUGGUUUCUUGUGUUGGUGUCUUCGUAAAUCCCUGUGUGAUGCACUGCAGGUCUCUAUGGAUGAGAGAGGGUAAGGUGGGAGGCUACCCAUCACUACAAUAAGGACAGUUGGUUGCUACUGUUGGACUUGAUGUUCAUCAUACUUCCAUCUAUGGCUCCAAAGAUUCAUUCAAAUUAUUUGUGAAAGCCAGAAAUGGGCAACACGAGUAGAGGCAUCAAGGGAGCUUGGAAGUUGCACAAGAACUACUAAAAAUCCUCUGGCUACAGAGAAACAUGAGCUUAAACAUGAAUGGUUCUAAACUCAGCCUGUAGGAUUGAUUUUGUCUGUCCUGAGCUCUCAUCAACAACAGAUGUCUUUAUAAAUACAAUAGUAAGCAUGUGGUGCCCUGUUGAGGACCUUGUGAUCUCUCUUAGAAUCCACCUUUUCAGCUUAAAAAUGCUUUCACAUCUAGCUUUGGGAACCCCUUUGUUAAACUAUUGACCCUCUUACCAACCAUCCCAGCACCUUCUAUGUCCUCUUAGAGUUUAUGUCCACCCCAAUUAAGUAGCCUUUGGAACAGUGAUUUUAAGUCCCCUUCCACCACGUAUAUCUGGAGGGUUUCUAAACAUAUGAUACACACUAGCAUAAGGUCCAUUGUGCAUAUUGUGCAAUAAGAAAAAUUAACAAUUGAUAUGGUAGGUGGGUAAAUCAGAAAGUGGUUUGUCCAAAUUGGAAAGUGGAAUAUUGGAGUGGAAACAUAAAGCAAUAUAUUCUCCAUCUGACAGAAGGCCAAAACUUUUGUUAUGGGGAAAAAAAGGUGUUUCACAAUCUGUUAGUUGUGAAAUGGAUAAACAGCACAUAUUAUCUGGAUCCCCUCACCCCAAAAAAUAAGAACAUAGGGAUGAACAAUGCUCAUCUAUGCAAAAAGAAACUAGUUCAAAAUUCCAAAUUAUAUUUCAGAUAUUUAGUAUCCAACUGUGGUAGGGACAAUGUGCCCCUUCAGCAUUUUUAUUUAAUUGUUUAGGUAUGUGCCCCCCAUGAUCCCCCACCCUGUGUUUCUUUUAAGAAUAAAUAUAUACUGAUGUGAACUUUUAAACCCCCACAAAUUAUAUCUAUAUAUAGAAAUAUAGUUUAUUAUUAUAGUUUAUUGUUAUUAGUAACAUGUUUUUUUAAAAUCAUACAUUAAGAACUUACUCACAGGCAGCAAGCCCAAUGAAAAGCCUUAAUUCAGUAUGAAGAAUGAUAUAUUAAUAGAGAUGCCAAACUUAUGGCUGACAAUAAAUGUGACGAGCCACGUGUAGCAUAACAGCUUACGUUACAUUAGUCUCUUCUGCAAAAUAAGGCAGUCAAAAGCGUUAUAUAGUAUUAUAUCCCAGCUCAUGACUGGAUAUAAAGAAUGGUAUUGCUGUCUCUAGUAAGCAGUGACUUACCCACCUACCUUUUAGCUGAACAAUAUCCACCGUUCAUGGUCAUCUCUUUUCUUUCAUAAAAAAAAGACACAGCCUGAUUUCUACAGUGAGUGAAAUCUUCAGAGCAUUAACGCUAAAUGCAUAUAGUUUUUGUUAUGCAUAUCUCUCAACAAAUGAUACAUGUGACAGAAAAGACUACCAUAAAUACACCGGUCAGUGUAUGCUGACUACUUGAAAUAGUGUAGAACAUAGUCAGGUAAUAGCUACAGGAGCCAGAUAUAGAUUGACAGUCUACAAUGCAAUGCUCUGUCAAUAUUCAGGUAUAGAAAUUAUGUCUGUCAGGCCCUUCCAAGAUGGUAAGUGUUGUAAUGCCUUAGCCGCUAAUAUAUCAAUGGCAGUAUUGCAAUUGCAGGUCUCUCAUAGGAACAAUAGGCAAAGGUGUAAUGCUCUGAGAUGAAACUUACAGAACAGGAUAUUUUUCUUUUUAUUACCAUUACUCAGUUUAGAUAUUCACUUGGUUCUGAAACCCUAGAAGGCCAGGUGUGGUGAUUUCAAUGUUAGAUGACGAGGACACAAGCAGAUUGCUGCAUGUUACACAACUUUGUAAAAUUUUCUAGGCCAGGACAGUGAGAUGGUUGUAAUCCUGUGAUGUGUCAAUAAAGUCUGAAAUUUGUAA